CUGCUCUGUUACUCAAAUUAAUUGUCAUACAACUACAUCCGCCCCAAGAUGCCUCCAACUAUUUACCUGGUUCGUCAUGCACAGGGCGAACACAAUGCAACACGUAAUUACACUAUCCUGGACCCUCUUCUAACAGCAAAAGGGAAACAACAAUGUCAAGAUCUUAAGAAGGCAUUUCCCUUCCACAAUGAAAUAGAUCUAGUUGUUGCAUCUCCUCUUCGUCGCACAGUUCAGACUGCAGCUUUGAGUUUCGGCCCAACCCUGGCCCGAAAAGAGGUUCCAUUCAUCGCAUUGCCAGUUGCACAGGAAGUGAGCAACACGAAAAGUGAUACUGGACUCGAAAUCGAGGAACUACUUGAAAGUUUACCUACUCUCUUCUCCAAUGAUCAACUUGAAUUUGAUGUCCAUUCAAAACUUGAUCUGAGUUUACUCGAGAAAGGCUGGACUAGCAAGCAAGGGCAAUAUGCCUACACAAAAGAGGCCAUUUUGAAGAGGGCUGCUGGCCUGCGGAGCUGGCUCUACCAGCGCCCAGAAAAGAACAUCAUCCUCGUAUCUCACGGGGCAUUCAUGCACUUUUUCACAGAAGAUCUAGACACAGUAGAUGCGAUGACCAGCACUGCUUAUCUCAAUUGUGAACUCCGUAUAUUUACCUUCACGCCUUCCUCCACGGAAGACGAUGCGCACGUUCAGGAGACGCCCGAAAGUCGCACGACAAGAGGUGCAAACCAGAGGGAAAGGGACCCGCAUGUAUUAGAAGAGAUUGAGACAGUUACCGUGCAAGCUUGAGUACUGCAGCCAUGGACAUUUUAAAUACGUGUAAACGAUAGAUUUAGAGUUUCACUUUUUCCCGCUUUUUCAUAGAAUGGUCCCAUGGAUAGAUGAGUAAUGGCAUAUUGGCAGCGCGCAAAGAAUGUUUCAAUGAAUUAAUGGUAUCACUCUCACUCUGCAUGCAAUCUAUCGCUGGUGAAAGAACGGACACCAUCGAACGAGAUUCUGCAUUGGUCUGAAGCAUUUCCGUAUUCUUAACGACAUUGAAUCUGUCUUGAGCGCACACAUAGAAGC